UCACCCUUUCGGUCGUUAUCGAGAAUUCACCUCCUGAACCACCAAGAGUCUUUUCGGGCACGGCGACAUAUCUCAGAGUUUGGGGAUCAGGUCAGCCAGAACAACACUGAACUCAUCGUCAACUCGACCUCCGACUUUCCGAUCUCCUACCGAUACGAAACUCGCCGCCGUUUGGUGGUGAAACCAGCAUAUUGUAUCCCGAUCCCGAUCCUCCGACGGACACCAGCUCCGUCACGGAGCACUUCGUCAAAAUUUAUUCCAAUACAUCGCGGGCCUCCCUCCUGGGGGGCUCUUUUGAUCCGUCCUUUCGGCGUGGUUUUCGUGGACGGGAAGGAUACACAAACGUUCCUCCGGAUCCCCCAAAGCGACACAGGAUGUACCGCCCCAAUUCUCUGUGGACGUGGUCCUUCUGCAUUGUCACCCUUGUCCAAACGAUCAUUACCCUCGCCCUGGAGUGUUAUAUUUUCGUCAAUUUCCAGGUUCAAUUGCUCCCAUCGGCCGCCACCACGACUGCCUCAAAACCUAUUCCAACCUUCCUAGCCCUCUAUAGCUUCGGGUUCAUCUAUGAGCUGAUUCUCGUUUACGAUGCGCUACGUCUUAAGAACACUAUUCAGGUUAUCGGACUGUGCAUGUGCAAUAUCGGCUUGUUGAUUUACGGGGCCGUGCAGGUGCAACAAAUCCGCGAUGCUGUACAAAUCUUAUGGGACAAUGGUGCUAUUGCGGAAAAUGUUUGGGGAGAAACGGAGCCAUUCCUUAUCAUCAUCCCCUGCGUUGUGGCUAUGGGUUCAAUCUUGAUGGUAAUUGUUGCCUGGAAACUAUACGACGAGUUCGCGUGGUCGAUCUACAAACAUAUCAGCGCCGAUCUGCGAAUGAAGCGCCGGUAUCUGACUUACCAGAUCUACAUUUCGCUUCUGAAGUUCGACUUCUUCUUCUUCCUUGGUUUCACCGUUCAAUUCGUCGUUAUCGUCACGAAUAGAACCGACAUCGAAUUCGCCCUUACGCUGGCUGCCAUUCCCGUGACGAUCAUCAUUCUGAUCUGCGCGGCCUUCUUCGUGCGGCGCGAAAGUUCGAUUGGCAUGAUUGUCGUCAUUCUCCUUUACUUCGCAGCCAUGGCCUAUUUCUUGUUCAAGCUAGUCCGGAUGUACCAGCCUGGUACCUAUGACCUAUACCUGACUGCUCGGCGCUCUUUGACAUUCUUCGCCGUCAUCACCCUCGUGCUCAUCGUCAUCACCAUUAUCAACGCCUGUGUGUGUAUGCACAACUUCCACAAGGGCCUGAAGCAACAUGUACACAAGAAGAAGACGCAGAACAAAGAGGGCAAGACGACUGAGCUGUCCUCCAAUAUCUCUUCUGGCCAGGUGCCUACUCGAAUGAUGAUCGAUUGAGCAAAUCGCAGGCUACAUUCUACGAGUUCUGGAGAGAGACAGAAAAGACCCAAACGACCAAAAUAUGCCAUGUUCGAUUCUCAUAUCGUCACCCCGACGCUUGUUCGUGGGGCGAUGUUCUAUUACAGAUUAGCGAGUUUGUGCGACAUUUUUGCCGGCAGAGUUUCCUAAUACCUUGGAUAGUUGAAGACUGCGCGCGUUUCCCGGGAUUUACCACAUGAUACCUACUGCUUUGUUCGACAUUUUGACGACUCAUCAAAUACCCUUCCUUUCAUUUACAUACUGACUCUCCUUGCCUCGUGCCGGACCUCCGCUAUAUCUGGCCCACCAUCCUACUUCACUGUGCUUGUUCCUGGUGGCGCUAUAUCCGGCGUCAUAUUGACGAUUCUUGUAUUUUUCCUUACCUCUCUGAUUAUGUCAAUAUCACGACUGUGCAUCUGUUUUCAUGUACUGUAUGUAGUUUAUUAAUCCACCUAAAACUGUCAUUAGAUGCGGUACG